AGGUCGUGCAGCAGAUUGACUACCUAACCUCCUCCAUUGAUCUGGAUGAUGAGGAGCAGCAGAGGGCUGGCGGAGAAGCUCGGCCUCCCAGCGACAGCAGCUACAGCUCGGGCUCCAGCUCCAGUGACGUGACGGUGCGCGGCGCCCAGCGCGGGCCCCCGGGAGCUGAACACCAGCCAGGAACUGUGGAGCCCUACGGUUACCCCCGCAGAGAGGAUCACAGCAGAAAUCCGCCUUCACAGAACGGACAGCUGCGCUCCGUUACCUCGGGCUUUCUGUCAGAAAGGAGUCGGACAGUGCGAUUAACUUGUGGGCCCGUGUCUACCCCUAGUAAAACGAUGUCUCGGGCACACACGAACAGCCUCCCUGCAUCUCAUCAAGCCCCUCUUAAAACCCCGACCACCCAGGAUCACGUUCCGUCUCCUAAAAGAAGCCUCCCUGCUCGACCUCCCACUCCCGGGCUUUCUCCUCUAACGGUGAACCUCCAGCACCCCGGCAGCCCUGGAUCACAGCCUUCCUCCCCUCUGUCUCCGAAGCCUCAUCCACCCCCCGCCCUCAGCCCUUCUGUCAUCAUAGAGACCAAAGUCGGGUCGCAUCACGCCCCGCAAAGCGAUCUCCCAUCUGCCGGUCGACUCUCGGCGGCGCUAACCCACCCUCUGUCUGCCAGCUGCCCACCCACCGACUCUGAGACCAAAAGUUUGCCCCCGCACGGCAAAGAGCGGCGAGCGUCCUCGGCGGGACCCUCGCAUGCCCGCUCCAGCUCCGCAGGCACGGCUAAGCCGCCCACAGGACAGGGCCGCCGGGGCCGCAAGCCCCCGCCUUACCCCCACCACAGACUCUCGGAGCCCACAAGGAAAACGAAAGAGCCCCGCAAAGCUCCUCCGUACCCUGAGAAGAGAAGGCUGCUCUCAACCACCGUGUGAGACAAUGCAGCAGGAGGAGAGGGGGGCGAGGGGCGGGGAAGGGGGGGCGGCCGAUCGAACAGAGGCACACACACACACAGCACCAGCAACAAGUCUGCAAGAGUGUAGAGUGAUUUAAGGUGAAUCGAGGCUCGCCAGUGUCGGCCGAGAUCAAGUUCCCAGGGCGACGGGACGCAGACGCAACCCAGCGUGAGUAAGUUAGGAACAACUGACUGGAUCUACCCCCCCUUUUUUCUCCUCUCGGCUCCCAAACCUCCUGGGUGCACGCUCAGGCCCCAGUGACAUCUGGCCGCUCAACUGCUCAGGUCGAGAUCCGGAUGUGAUCUUUUCAUGUUCUGACCCCCCCCAUCUGAGAGAGAGAGAGAGAGAGAGAGAGCCUGGACGGUGACAAAGGGACCGAGCGUUUCCUCCACUCCAGGGGAUCGCCUCGAAAACCAGAUGAAAGACGCCGAAGGGCGCAGAGCCAGAGCAGGAGGAGGAAAACAUCUUCUCUCUCUCUCUCUCUUUCUAAUGACACGAGUGUCAGGACCGUCCUUGCUUGGGGAAAGGAGGCGUGUCAAGGUGUGCCUCGCAUCGCCUCAUGGACCGCGACCACAUCAGACACGGCAGACCGCCGCAAAGCGACUGACCUCAGAGUCCGGACAUUAACCUUCCGCUGAAAACAUUACGUGCAGAGAGACACACGACUCCAAGUCUGACAAUGUAAACUUAGAAAAGUUUGCCUCUGAGUCGUGGGAGCUGAAGCCGUCGUUAGAGGAUAAACGGAGCCGAGCUCAUAGUGGAGGCUGGCAUUAGGAGGAGGGGGGUGGUAAACUAGGGAAGAUCAGGUGGUAAUAUUGGUUUUGUAGUCAGGGAUAGGGCUGGGCGAUUAUGGAUUAAAAAAUAAAUCUCCGAUUUUAUCAUA